AAGGUCAGCACCUUAAAGCAACAUGGGGCGUCUCCUGCCAGAAGCCGAAAAGCAGUGAAGCUUGAGCGCCGCCAUUUUUUCUGAGGGCACUCCCCCAGCUCCCCCAAGACAGCCACUUCCAGUCCAGAGGGAACCGGGUAAAAUGCCGCCGGCUUCUCAUGGCCUAGGGUGGUCUAGUAAACACUUCCGGCCCGCAAGGUCCGCCCCAGUCCUUCAUAGGCGGAGCCAGGGCUGCCAGAGGUAGCUGAGGCCAAAGACUACCCCAAUCCGUCUGCGCCGAGGAGUAUGAGCGGGUUCGGGCCAUGGGCGAGGGGCCUCGUGAGCUUCGCCGAUGUGGCCGUGUACUUCUCCCCGGAGGAGUGGGGGCGGCUGCGCCCAGCGCAGAGGGCCCUUUACCGGGACGUAAUGCGGGAGACCUACAGCCACCUAGGCGCGCUGGGUUUUCCAGGUCCCAAACCAGCGCUCAUCUCCUGGAUGGAACAAGAAGCUUGGGACUCUGAGGCCAGCUCUACUGAGGGCGAAAAGGAGAAGCGAGCAAUAAAUUGUGGAGGAUCUAAGAACAAGAACAAAGAGAAUAGAAAGAUGCUUGGAACUGAGGAAGGACCUGUGAUCAAGAGACUGGAAGAUGUUGGACAGCCUCUAACUGGGACCUUGGAACACAAGGAACAUCCAGCAAAGCUUCCCUCAGCUCCCCAUAGGGGCCUCCCUCCUUCAGGUCGAAGCCUCUGUGUCAACCCUCCAGCUUCUCCAAAUAACAAACGCCAUGGCUGCACCAUAUGUGGGAAGCAUUUUGCCUGGCGCUCCACCCUGGUGGAGCACAUUUAUACCCAUACUGGUGAGAAGCCCUUUCGUUGUCCUGACUGUGGCAAAGGUUUCAGCCAGGCCUCUUCACUAAGCAAGCACCGAGCCAUCCACCGAGGGGAACGGCCUCAUCAGUGCCCUGACUGUGGCCGGGCCUUUACUCAGCGCUCAGCCCUUACUACUCACCUCCGGGUUCACACUGGUGAGAAACCCUACCAGUGUGCUGACUGUGGCCGAUGCUUCAGCCAGAGUUCAGCCCUGUCACAGCAUCAUCGGGUCCACAGUGGUGAGACACCCUUCCCCUGUGCUGACUGUGGCCGUGCCUUUGCCCAUGCCUCAGAUCUAAGGCGCCACCAGCGUACCCAUACAGGUGAAAAACCAUUCUCCUGUCCUGAUUGUGGACGUUCUUUCCGGCAGAGUUCAGAAAUGGUUGCUCACAGACGAACCCACAGUGGGGAGCGACCCUACCCCUGCCCUGAAUGUGGGAGGAGAUUCAGCCAGAAGUCAGCUGUAGCAAAACAUCAGUGGAUCCAUCGGCCUGGUGCCAGGGGCAGGAGGGGCCAGUUGGCUGAGGUACUACCUAUGCAACUUACCACUGUCCAGGGAGAUUUAGAUCCCCCAGUAGGGUUCCAGCACUACCCAGAGAUCUUCCAGGAGUGUGGGUGACUAGCUAAGGAUUUUGAUGGGAUAGGAGAAAACCAAAGAUCCAAGAACAGCUGAGGAUUAGAAAGAUGGCCCACGGUUUGAGAGAACCCAGGGACAGACAUAAAACCACCUGCUAUUGUCUCCUCUGAUGUUAUGAGAAAGCCAAGAGUUGCACAAUGGACAGAGUUGCUAUGCCAACUCCCUGAGGGCCCAAUGAGUGAGGAUGGUUAUCUUCCUCCUUCUCUUAAGUCUGUUCAGUCACAUUCAACUCUUUGUGGCUCUGUGGACCAUUUUCUAUAAUGGAUCAAAGCAGAGACUAAGUGAUUUGCCCAAGGUCACACAACAAUUGUCAGGUCUUCCUGACUCCAGGCCCAGUUCUCUAUCCACUGAGCCACCUAGCUGCCUCUUUUGGAGUUUACCAUCCUUCAAAACUACAUCUCCAUCUACUGUACCUGUGCCAAAGGGUACACCUUUGGAAAUCUCUACUUAACAUCCCUGAACUCUCAGUCUUGAGCCUGACCCCAUCUUUGGUCUUUCCUCUAUUGGUUUCUAGCAGUGAACUUCCCUUUCCCACAGCAGGAAGAGGGGUGUGUGUGUGUGUGUGUGUGUACAUAGCUCCUGGUUGUUAGGGCCAGGACCUCCCUCUAUUGUACAAUAUAGGAUAGUAAAGGAGUUUUCCUAAGAACUGCUUCUGUGUCUGUGUCAGCAGAGAACCUGAAC